UUUUCGAGAUACUGGCAAGAAUUCUACUUCAAACAAAUUGUCUUGUAGAAGAAACAUAAGCUGAUUCUGUUCCAAUCUGACCGUAUUUAUUUUUUUCAGAAAUUUCUAUGGAUUGGUCCGACCAUGCCCUUUGGUGGCCAGAGAAGAACAUGUGGUUGACUAGGACACGGUCAACUUUGGACCAAUGCGGUGUUCAUGCUGAUGCACUAUUGCACUUCACGCCGAUGCACAAAAUACUCAGGGUACAGCUCCCAGAUCUCAGGUACCUAGACAUGCGUGUAGACUUCUCCAUCAAAACCUUCUCAGCAGUAGCACAAGUAUGCAAAGAGCUGGGCAUCCGACACCCGGAGGAACUGUCGUUCAGCAAGCCUUUGGAGCCACAUCACCUGAAAUACAACUACCUGGAUACGCCGAAGAAAAGGCUGUGUGAACCGUCUGCCCCUCAACCUCACCCUGCGAGGAAUGGCCAUGUUCCUGCCGACACGAACACUUUCAUCGCCAGCGGAAGUCCCGCGGGAAGCACGGGAAGUCUGGAUAAAUCGCCUUUCGUGUGCGUCACUCCUGGCCGGUGUGCCCCGAUUGCGUCUACGCCUGUCAAUAGCCCUUCGGGAAAUAUGACGACGUUGAAACGCAACGGGCUCGGUUCGAAUGGACACUUGGGGUAUUCUCCGAAUAUGACGAGUAGUUCAAGUACAGAGUAUCUGAAUGGAGCAGGAUUGGAUAGUACGUUGGCCCAGAGUCCACCUGCACCUUCACCGGAAGCUCGUAGACACCUCAUCAGACCCAAGUCUCUGGUCGAAAAAGCCAGAAUGAACGUAGCGUGGUUGGAUUCCUCUUUAUCCAUAAUGGAACAAGGCAUCCGGGAGCACGACACACUCUGCCUCAGGUUCAAGUUCUACGUGUUCUAUGAUCUGAACCCGAAAUAUGACGCUAUUCGGAUCAACCAGAUUUAUGAACAGUCUAAAUGGCAGCUGCUCAACGAGGAAAUCGAUUGCACUGAAGAAGAAAUGCUGAUGUUUGCCGCCCUACAGCUACAGGCCAACCAACCUCAGCCACAGAACGAGACGAAUGGCGGGUCUCCAUCACCUAUCGAAGACGAUAUUGACGCUGCCUUAAAUAAUCUGCAGACCACCUUAGAAGGCUCCAGUAUCAACUCUUACUCAAACGACAUCACGCAGGUGCCGGAGCUUAGAGAUCAAUUGAGGUUUUUGAAGCCAAAGAGAUUCACUUUGAAAGCUUACAAGAAAUACUGGUUCACCUGCCGAGAUCUGCAUCUGUACAUGUACAAAACCAAGGAAGAUAUGAUGGCUGGAGAGAAUCCUGUCUUCAAUAUAAACCUGAAAGGCUGCGAGGUUACGCCUGACGUCAACAUCACACAGAACAAAUACGUGAUCAAAUUGGAAGUACCCAGUCCCGAGGGCAUGUCUGAGAUGUACAUUAGAUGUGAAGAUGAAACACAAUACGCGAGAUGGAUGGCAUGUUGUCGGUUAGCUGCAAAAGGCAGAUCAUUGGCAGAUAGUUCAUACGAAACAGAAAAGCAGACCAUACUCGAUUUUUUAAAUCUCCAACGACCAGCGGAACAACCUGUUAUCAAUCCAAGCAGUUUGGACAUUCAAGUGGAAGAUUUUAUUGCGCCGAAAUAUCUCAAAAAGUCUAAAGGGAAGGUAAGUUCUGACGUUGGUCAAAUACCUACGCAACGCAUCCUAGAGGCGCAUACAAAUGUGAAAGACCUUGGUCUAAUAGAGGCUAAAAUGAACUAUAUUAAGGCCUGGCAGUUGCUGCCUGAAUACGGAAUUGCCUUGUUCGUGGUGAAGUUCAUGAACUCGAGGAAGGAAGAGCUGCUGGGCGUAGGCUACAAUCGCAUCAUGAAGAUGGACAUCAACUCUGGGGACCAUCAGAAGACAUGGCGCUUCAACACGAUGAAAGCGUGGAACGUGAACUGGGAAAAUAAGCAUAUGAUGGUGCAAUUUGAAGAAGAGAAUAUAGUCUUCAGUUGCCUGUCUGCUGAUUGUAAAGUAAUACACGAAUUUAUCGGCGGAUACAUUUUCCUCUCUACCAGGUCGAAAGAUGCAAGUCAGACGUUGAAUGAAGAACUUUUCCAUAAAUUGACAGGUGGAUGGUCGUAGUUAUUAAGCUUUUCAGGAGUGCCUUAGCAGUCUACUUAAAAAUGGAUGUAUAACAGAUUAGUCAAAAUGUAAGAACGGUAGCCUGAGCCUGAAUGGAUUUUUCUACGCAUUAUAUAUGGCUAAAUGAUGGUAAUGGGAAUCGAGAAAUCAAAUUAAAGCUUAAUUUAAAAUCAAAUAUUUAUUGAUACCGUCGACUGUGUAAAACUUUGACUAACAUACGUAACAAAACACAUUCAUGGCUUGUAUUAUGGAUUGAAAAUCUGACAUUACAUUAUAAAAAUGUAAAUACCUUUUAGACAGAAUCCUCUGUGGGAUAUUUUGAAAAAAACUGAAUGGUAAAGCAAAACGUGCUUGUAUCUCUCAAAACAUUGAACUUUUAAAAAUUGUUUGUAUUAAAAAUGUACAUAUUAAAAGCCUGCAAUUCAGCAGUUUUGCUUCCCAUUGCAGUUGACUUAAACUGACAUAAAAAAGAACACCAAGUAGUAAUAAAUUUAUUAUAAUAAUUUUUGUAAACGUCUUCUGGAGUUAGGUAAAUAAUUGAUCAAAAUUUCAGAAAAACUCAACUGUUGUAAAAAGAAUGUAAAAAAUUAAAAAUUUGUUGGAUCUCCACGAUGACUUGACACUAAGGUACACGCCUUGACAUUCUUCUAAUCAGAUGAUCGAUUUCCUCUAGAGGUAUCUCAUCCUAGGCUACUUGUACCUCAUGCCAUUAGAGUCUGUAGAAAAUAGAGUAAACAGACUAAUAUUCUUCUCACAAUGUCUCAGACGUCUUCAAUGGGUGAUAAAUCCGGAGGUUUAGUGGCCAAGGCAACAAGUCGACUUGAUUGGCUUUAAAAUGGACCAACGUGAUUGUGGCUAUAUAUGUUGUCGCGUAUUAUCUUGUUGGAAAAGUUGUUUGGUGAGUGUCCGCAUAUAAUGCAAAACAUAUUGUUCCCUUAUCUCCUGGAUGUAACUCACGACAGUUAUGUCGUCUCUGAUGAACACCAAAUGUGACCUGCUUCUAUAAAAAAUAGCUCCCGAUAUCACAAUUCCAACAGUGUGGUGCACAUGUGUUUCCAUAGGAGGUCGUUCGCCUUGUCGCCUUCUUAUCUUUGCAUGGCCAUUAUACAUCCUCAAACAGAAUAUGGGUUCCUCACUAAAGACGAUAGUAUUUCAUUCGAGGUCUUAAAUCAGCCGUUCUCUGCACCAAGCUAGUCGAUCACUUCGGUGCCUAGGAGUGAGAGGUAGGUCAGAGGAUGGUAUGAAGUAAGUCCAGCGAUAAAUAAUUCUCAUUUUAAUAGGGUUUCUUCUCCAAACCAAUGGUCUGCAAUUGAACUUGUGGACGAGAAACGGUCUCGUACAGCCAAAAGCCUAAGUCGGCGAUCUUAGUGUGGGGUCCUUCUUCUGACACGCUUUAUACCUCUAGCUUUUCUGCAACACAAUUUCUUAUCUAGAUGUAGCAAACAAUUUUUUUAAAAGCCGUUUUCCAUAAAGCCAAUGUUAUAUCCGCCAAACAAUUUAUAUAAAGAAACGGGGAUACUUGAUAGUAGGCAACUUUAUUUCUUAGAGUUGUUCAUCAAUCCGCCUUCAUCCACGCUCCUUCAGCCUCGUGUUCUGUGUAUCCCUGAUUCUCUUCAUCAUAAAAGUUGACCUCAAUUUUUGCAGUCUUGUUCAUAGUCCAUAGGUUUGUGUUUGCUGGAUUUAAUCAUAAUUACUACCAAGCUCAUCACAAAUAACGUUAGACGUCUCCAUUCUUGUUAUCCAAAAAAGUUAAUCAAUAAAAUAGACACAAAAAAUAUAGCUGGGGCUCAGACUAAAUCACAAAAGACUGAAUUUGUGAAUACCACUGAAUUUUGUGGCUAGUGAUGAAUAAACAACGGAAUGAACAGAACAGCCAUAUGAAGUAGAUACGUUGAACGCGCGUCAAAAAAUGAUGGACUUGUGUAAUGCGCUUGUCAGUCUCCACAGUCCUUGCUCUGGAUUAAGUAGCGAAAUGACCAUACAGAAACCGUUCUACGAUUAAUCACGAAUCUGUAUCACUUGGUGGAUCGUCUCAUAACAGCCUCAAAAUCCUUUUGGAGCAAUUGAAAUGUACUGCUACAAUGUUGGAACAAUCUUCGGUUUGAACGAACCCAUAGAAAACUGAAAAUCUCGUACCUAUUUCACUUAGUCCACUUCACAUCCUCGCACGGUCAUUAUGCAUCCCUAAACACAAUUUGGACCAACCACUAAAGGUAAUGGUAUUAGAUUCGAGGUGCCCAUUCAGUCAUUCUCUGCACCAAGCCAGUCAGUCACUUCGGUGCCUAGGAGUGAGAGAUAGGUCAAACUGAGUAUAGCAUGAACCAAGUCCAAAAUUGUUGAUUCGGUGAUAAACAAUUCGCAAUAUAAGAGGCUUUUCAUGCCCUCCAAACUAUUGGUCCGCAAUUUACCUUGUUGACGAAACACAGUGCCGAAGAACCAAAAGCAGAGGCGAUCUUGGUGUAGGGACGUUUUUCUGAUUACGCCCUGUAACUCUUCGUGUACGGCACCAUUGCAUUUAUACUUCUGUGCACCCUGGUGGCUAUUUCUCUGAAUGACCAACUAGUCUAUCUCACCUUAUCGAACUCUCUAAGCUGUUGAAAACUUUCUCGUGUUCUCACUCUAGGCAUAGUGAACAGAUUAAUGGAGCUCUUUUACAAAACAUCAUAAAAAAACGAAGAAAACCUAGCGUUCCAUCAACACAUAUUUUAUCGUUGACUUUAACACCUAGUUCAAGUGAGAUGUAAAUUUACUACAAAGUUAGACCUUAACUCAGAGGUAAUUAUGACGGAGCAAAGAGGGUUUCGAAAUUACUUCUAACCCGAACCGGUGCCACUGUGAAUGGAUAAAAUGGAUUGCCAAAAAUCCAUUUUUAUGUUUACAUCUUGUUAAUAGUGUUGAAGAUAUCUGGAGAUGUUGACAAAUAUUUUUAACGUUAAACUUUUAUAUGUCGAAGUUAUACAAUUUAAGCUGCACUCCUUUAGCUAGACAACUAAAACAGAACAAAACAUAUAUUUAAACAUAUUUAGAAAUAACAAAGAUAAUAAACAUGUAUGUACUUACCCACAGAUAAACGAGCAGAUGCCAAAAUUAGUUAUAUUGUUGAAUAUUUUGCAGGGCAUGGAUUUUAGUAACUUGAAAUAACAAUGCUUAUACUUCCGUGACUAUACAUUGUUUUGCAUUUUGUUUAAUAUGAGCAAAUCAUUGAAAAUUAAAGGUGCGAUAGAUUGAUAAUUCUAUUUGUUGUUCUUGAAUAGUAUAUAUUGGUUAUGUCAGUAUUCCACUAGGAGAUUUGUAUUUAUUAAUUUUGUUUCAUAAGUUGCUUUUUAUCUGAUUGUAUUGUUGCCUUAAAUGUUAUAUGUAAUGAUGUUACUAAAGUUGUAUAGACGAUAUAUAUUUUUACCAUGUUUACAUUUAAAAAACUUUUAAUGCGGUCGUAUAUAUGAAGUCUUAUUUUAUAUACGUUUAUUUUAUUGUACAAAAACUAAAUAAAUAAUAUUAAUAUUUUAA